AUGCUUACCCGAUUCCAGAAGCCCACCGUUCUCGCCGGCCUUGCCGCUGCCACUGCUGUCUCCUUCUACUGGGUCAGCCGACAGGCCUUUUACUCCCAGGCCCAAAUUGUUGACAACGAACGACAUGUUACCGUUGAUCGAAGCGGCGGUGGCAUCUAA